GCCGAGGAGGCCUGAGGUUUGCAGGCACCGGGGAGCAAGCAGAGCGCGAGAGGGAAGCCGGGAAGCCGGGGCGCACCAGGGUACCUGAGCCGGGCCAUGGACGUGUACCACACCCCCGCUGCCGCGCUGGACAGCCUGGUGGCCCGCAACCUGCUGCCGUCCUCCGAGUUCCUGGCGGCUGCGCGGCGCGCCCUGGGCGACCUGGCAGCCUCCCUGCGUGAGCGCGGGGGCCGCGCGGCUGCCCAGCCUUGGAGGGUGCUGAAAAUCGCCAAGGGAGGCUCUGAUGGCCGGGGCACGGCUCUGAGCGGUGGCUGUGAUUCUGAACUUGUCCUCUUCCUCACCUGCUUCAAGAGCUACGAGGAUCAGCGUGUUCGCCGGGCAGAGAUCCUCAGCGAGCUGCAGACCUUGCUACAAUCCUGGUGGCAGAAACCCAUCCAUGGUCUGAGCUUCGAGUUUCCUCGGCAGGACAGGCCUGGGGUCCUAUGGUUCCGCCUGGCAUCCCCGGACCUUGAACACUGGAUGGAUGUCAGCUUGGUGCCGGCUUUUGACGCUCUGGGGCCACUCAAUUCCAACGUCAAACCCGUGCCCCAGGUCUACUCGACCCUCCUCAGCAGCGGCUGCCAGGGCGGCGAGCACGCAGCCUGCUUCUCAGAGCUGCGGAGGAACUUUGUGAACACUCGCCCGGCAAAGGUGAAGAGCCUGAUCCUGCUGGUGAAGCACUGGUACCGUCAGGUGUGCCGGGAGGAGGCAAGGAGGGGGGUGCUGCCUCCAGCCUAUGCCCUGGAGCUGCUGACCAUCUUCGCCUGGGAGCAGGGCUGCGGGAAGAAUGCCUUCAGCCUGGCCCAAGGCUUGCGGACGGUGCUGGGUCUGAUCAAGCAGUAUCGGCACCUGUGUGUCUUCUGGACCCUGCACUAUGGCUUCGAGGACACUGCGGUCAGCCGCUUCUUGAGGCAGCAGCUCGAGAGACCCAGGCCUGUGAUCCUGGACCCAGCUGACCCCACGUGGGAUGUAGGGAACGGUGCAUCCUGGCGCUGGGAUAUACUGGCGCAGGAGGCAGGGUCCUGUUACGAGCGCCCGUGCUUUCUGCAGGCGGCAGGGGGCGCUGUGCAGCCCUGGGAGAGGCUUGGCCUUCCACGUGCUGGGGCUGCAGGUUUAGACCACCCCAUCCAGCGAGACUCUGCCCAGAGGCCCCCUGAGGAGAACCGCAGUCUCCAUGCUGUGCGCCCCAGGACAGGGGGCAGGCGGCCCUCAGGCCCAGCUCCUGGCCCCUCGGGGGCAGCCAGCAUCAUCCCUUCCACGCUGGGGACGGCUUCAGGUCUGUCCCAGAUUGCUGCCAAGGACCUGGACCGCUUCAUCCAGGACCACCUGAAACCAAACCCCCAGUUCCAGAAGCAGGUCAGCAAGGCCAUCGAUGUCAUCUUGAGUCGCCUUCGUGAGAAGUGUGUCUACAAGGCCUCAAGAGUCAGCAAGGGGGGCUCCUUUGGCCGGGGCACAGACCUGAGGGGUGGCUGCGAUGCCGAACUUGUCAUUUUCUUCAACUGCUUCAACGACUACAAGGACCAAAGCACCUGCCGCCCACAGAUCCUUAGUGAGAUGUGGGCACAGCUGGAAUCCGGGUGGCAGGACCCAGUCCCUGGCCUGAGCCUCAAGUUUCCUGAGCGGACCGUGCCCGGGGCUUUGCAGUUCCAGCUGGUGUCCACGGCCCUAGAAAGCUGGAUGGAUGUGACUGUGCUGCCAGUCUUUGACGCCGUGGGGCAGCUCUGCUCUGGCGCCAAACCCGCGCCCCAGGUCUACUCGACCCUCCUCAGCAGCGGCUGCCAGGGCGGCGAGCACGCGGCCUGCUUCUCAGAGCUGCGGAGGAACUUUGUGAACACUCGGCCGGCCAAGCUGAAGAACCUGAUCCUGCUGGUGAAGCACUGGUACCGUCAGGUCGCAGCUCAGAACAAAGGACAGCAGCCAGCCUGUGCCUCUCUGCCCCCAGUCUAUGCUCUGGAGCUCCUGACCAUCUUCGCCUGGGAGCAAGGCUGCGGGAAAGAUUCUUUCAAAACGGCCGAAGGCCUAAAGACCGUCCUAGAACUUAUCCAGCAGCACCAGCAGCUCUGUGUCUACUGGACGGUCAACUAUAGCUUUGAGGACCCGGCUAUCAGAACACACCUUCUUGGCCAGCUUCAGAAAAAGAGGCCCCUGGUCCUGGAUCCUGCUGACCCCACCUGGAAUGUGGGCCAGGGCAGCUGGGAGCUGUUGGCCCAGGAAGCAGCAGCUCUGGGGACACAGGUCUGCUUUAGGAGUGGAAAAGAGACGUCUGUGCAGCCCUGGGAUGUGAUGCCUGCUCUCCUUUACCAAACCCCAGCUGGGGACCUUGACAAGUUCAUCGGUGAAUUUCUCCAGCCCAACCGCCAGUUCUUGGCUCAGGUGAACAAGGCCGUCGAUGCCAUCUGCUCAUUCCUGAGGGAAAACUGCUUCCGGAAUUCUGCCAUCAAAGUGCUCAAGGUGGUCAAGGGCGGCUCUUUAGCCAAAGGCACGGCUCUGCGAGGCCGCUCGGAUGCGGAUCUAGUGGUGUUCCUCAACUGCUUCAGCCAGUUCACUGAGCAGGGCACCAAGCGGACUGAGGUCAUCUCAGAGAUCCGAGCCCAGCUGGAGGCAUGUCAGCAGGAGAUGCAGUUCGAGGUGAAGUUCGAGAUCCCCAAGUGGGAGAAUUCCCGUGUGCUGAGCUUCUCCCUGACGUCCCAGACGAUGCUGGAUCAGAGUGUGGACUUUGAUGUGCUGCCAGCCUUUGACGCCUUAGGCCAGCUGGUCCCCGGCUACAGGCCCCCAUCUCAAGUCUACGUCGACCUCAUCCACAGCUAUAACCACGCGGGCGAGUUCUCCACCUGCUUCACGGAGCUGCAGCGGAACUUUAUCAUCUCUCGGCCCACCAAGCUCAAGAGUCUGAUCCGACUGGUGAAAUACUGGUACCGGCAGUGCAACAAGAUGCCCAAGGGGAGAGGCUCCCUGCCCCCCCAGCAUGGGCUGGAACUCCUGACGGUAUACGCUUGGGAGCAGGGCGGCCGGGACCCCCAGUUCAACAUGGCCCAGGGCUUCCGCACUGUCCUAGAGCUGGUCAGCCAGUACCACCAACUCUGUGUCUACUGGACCGUCAACUACAACGACAAGGACAAGACUGUCAGAGACUUCCUGAACCGGCAGCUUCGGCAGCCCAGGCCCAUCAUCCUGGAUCCGGCUGACCCGACGGGCAAUCUCGGCCACAAUGCCCGCUGGGACCUGCUGGCUGAGGAAGCCGCCGCCUACAUGUCUGCCCUGUGCUGCAUGAGCAGGGACGGCACCCCCAUCCGACCAUGGCCAGUGAAGGUAGGAGAGCAGUGGAGCAGCAGGGGCAGGCUUCGUUGGGGACAGCAUGCUCAGGGAAGGCCAGGACUCCGGCCAGAGGGGCAAGCCUAACCGUGGCCCCACGUGCACCCCCUGCCCUGUACAAUGGCUGUCCCUGUGGUCUCAGCUUCACCGGGAAGGUUAGGGCUAACCAGCUUCUUCUGCCACCUUGCCCCAGGCUGCUGUGUGAAGGCCAGAGUCCAUGUUUGUACCAGAUAGAUGGAAGGACACCAGCCCUCGGCAUGAGGAAACUCAGGGACACCUACCAGAUGUGUGUGUGUGUGAGAGAGAGAGAGAGAGGGGGAGAGAGAGGGAGGGAGACAGAGAGACUGAUCCAGCCUCUCCGUCCAGCCUCCCCACUCCGUGCUCUCCUCCUACUCUGUGCAGCCUACCCACCUGAUACCUGUGGGUCUGUGGGCUGGGCAGCAGCCUGGGUUCCCAGCCUCCCUGCCAUGCCUCUGCUCUCGGACAGCGACGGUUGCAUCCCACACUGCCCCCGCUGAGAAUGUCCUCCUCCUUCUCGACUUCUGUGCCUGUCCACACUAGCUCAUGUCUGCUGCUGAAACCCCUCCCUGUCCUGCCAGUGGCCUCUCCUUCUUCCCCAGUCCAACAGCUUCUCACAGAAAGGACAGUCUUCAUGCCUUUUGUCAGCCAUAGUCCCUUGCUAGUGGCUGCCUGGAGCCCUGUGUCCUGGAGGAUUCUGGAGAACGGAUACAUACCUGGGAAGAGUGACCUAAUCAACUAGUGAUGUCUGCCAUGGACGCAGCAAAGGAAAGUCACGGCGUGAUGCUGUGAUUGAUUAGCAGUGUCUGGCCUGGAUGCAGGAAGAAUGUGCUCACGGGCCUACAGUGUAUGGCUAAGCUCCCGAGUUGCUCUCUGAGCUCAGCCGCUGGCAGAAGAGCAUGCUAUGUGGGCUAAUUUUAUCUGUCACACACGGAGUGGGGCACGUGUACCAUGCAGCCCCUCUCAAGGGAUGCCUGACUGCCUUUUUGCCAGAGCCUGAUUUUCUUGCCCCUUCCUGCUGCACUCAUUCCCCGCGUGCGCAUCCCGAGACCAUGCCCUGUUUGCCUUCCUGAAUUUUUACUGGGCUUUUGUCUUCUCUCCUGGCCUGUGGGCGCAUCACCAGUGGGAUUCUCCAUCCCCAGAGCCUGGACAUGAACCAGUGCGCCAACGACAGUGCUCAGCCUGCUUCUCUGUGACCUCAGAGCAAAGGCACUGGGUCCAUGCAAGGGACCCCUGGGCCAGCAACAGUGUCCCUCUUAGUCACGGCUCAGCAGGGAAAACAAAACAGUCCAAGAAUUGUAAGCAGAAAGGGCUUCCAUCUAAAUCCCUGGGUGGUCUGGAGGAACGGAGGGUGGGGACCGCGACCAGACUGUUGGCGUCAAGAUUAGACCAACGUGGUUGAAACAGAGGUCAGGAGGCCACUGCUGCCACUGACGCUCACACUCACCAGAACGUGGGCUCUGGUGGUCACAGGCAUCGCUCAGGGCUUGCUGGCCCCCAGUACGGCAGGAAGAUGCCUCCGGUCCACCUCCAUCAGAACGGUCUAGAUACAGCCAGAACUCAGACAACAGGGCAGACUGGAGGGGGCUUGCGUCUCCCACCCACUGUAGCACAGGGCAGAGCAGAUGCCCAGUGCCGACAGCCCGAGUCAGGGACAGCAGCCCCAGCAGAUGCACUGUGAAUGUCUGUUGCGGGGGGUAAGCAGGUGGUCCAUCCCAGGGGGAGGAGCAGGAGGAGACAGAAGGGAAGGAGCCCCCACGCAUCCCCUGCGUGCCCCCCGCGGGUCUCAGCGAGCCUGACUCCCCAUGGCCUGUGGCUGGGCAUGCUCUAACAGAGUACGUCAGAUCGGCUCUCUGGGAGGGAGACCGUGCCCAAGAGCAGUUCCUCUUUUGCCCCUGGGACUAUAGGGAAGUCUCAGAGGCCAAGCCCACCAGCACCUCCUGUGCGCCCCCAUCUAGUGUGAGGGCACAUGGUGCUAAUAAAGUCUCAGACUCACCUCACUGACUGCGUAUCUGGGGGUGGGACUCUCAGGACCCCAAGUCAUACCUUUGUGGUUGGCCAGUCCCCAGAGCUCAGGACUGAUGCUUGCGGGCCGCAGAGACCUGCCCUGCCAAGCAUGCCCCAGCAGGUGAGGACCUGGCCUUGACCUUGCUCGUCCUGGGUGGAACCAGUGACGGGUCUAAAUUCGGUAAUUCCCAUCUUCAUGGCACAGACUCUAGCUCCCCCGCCCCAACAAAAUGGCUCUUGAAUGAGGGGAGUUGUGAGAUGGUGGGAAUUGAGGUAGCCCCAGUAGGCAGGAGGUAAGGAGGACCUGUCUGUCACCUGGGCUGGGCUGAUCCCUGCGGGGAUUUUUAUUCUACUUUAGCUCCUUGUUCUUUGACAAUGACCACGCUGGUAUUGACAUAGUGACCCCACCAUGACUUUCGAGGGCUUAGCCAGUACCAACUUGAUGUCAGUACCAACUUGAUUUCUACAUUUAAUGAUCCUAGAGAUACUCCCCAAAAUGCCCACAAGCACUUUUCUCUGGAACUAAAGGUCUUAAGGAAACAUACACAUGCAAGGAAAGUUCAGAUAAUGCAGGAAAAAAGAGCUCUGAGGAGAGAGUAGCCCAGGCAGUAUUAAAACUUACUGGGAGAGGGGACACCUGGGUGUCUCAGUCGGUUAAGCGUCUGCCUUC